GCUAAUGGAAACAAGUCAACUUCCGGUCAAAAUGAACUCACUUUCGCCGGCAGAAUUUUGGAGGAAUGGGCCUCAGCCAGGAUCCUUGUAUAAUUUUCCCGGUGGAAAAAUUGCUGGAAAUAAAGAGCCAGUUAAAAGAACACUGUACCCAUCUGUGACUGGUACGUCUGUUCUAGGACUCCGAUUCAAUGAUGGCGUUGUCAUCGCUGCAGACAAAUUGGGCUCAUAUGGCUCCAUGGCACGAUUUAGGGACCUGUCAAGAAUUCUUAAGGUGAAUGACACGACAGUGGUGGGAGCUAGCGGGGAUUAUGCUGACUACCAGUUCCUCACAGAAAUUAUCGAACAAAGAGUAAUUGAAGAAGAAUGCCUCAACGAUGGCUUUGGUUACACACCAAGCAGUCUAUUCUCAUGGCUGACUCGUGUCAUGUACAACAGACGAUCAAAUAUCAACCCGUUGUGGAACACUUACGUUGUCGCUGGCUGGGACAAUGGUCAAGGGUUCCUUGGAUAUGUGGACAAGAUUGGCGUAGCAUAUCAGGCACCCACUAUAGCUACAGGAUAUGGGGCUUAUAUCGCACAGCCGUUGUUGCGAGAGGCUGUAGAGAAGAAUCCUAACAUGACGUCCGCCCAGGCUGCUGAGAUAGUGGACAACUGCCUGCGUGUUCUCUACUAUCGGGAUGCUCGCUCUCUGAACAAGUAUGAGGUGGCGAUCGUCACAAAAGACGGUGUGGAAAUCAGAACUCCCUGUGCCUCAAAACCCAACUGGGAAAUUGCACAUCUAAUCAAGGGCUAUGAAUAAAAGGCUUACAGACAUUAAUUGCUAGGCAGUGUAAUUGUGCUUCAUACUGCUUUGAAUGAUCAUGGACUAUCGCAAGGGAAAGUUAUUUUUGGAAGAUUUGAUCAAUAUUCAUCAAUGUUUCAGAUGUGAUUCAUGUUAUUGUUUCAUUUAUAAGCCAUGCUCAUCAUAUUGAUUCAUUUUGAAUAUUUUUAAGUAAUUGGUUUUCAAGAUAGUUUUGGUCCAACUUUGUUCAUCAGAGGAUACAUAUAAAAUAGUUCAUUUUGUAAGGGCACAGUCUCAUUAUCUUUAUUGAUUCAUUGUAAUAUGUUUGUAUUUGAAAUAUGAAAUAAAUGACAUGCCAAUCUG